AGGGGAUUGGCGUCAGAGUGUUUUUCUCCCUUGAGAAAGCGAGGUUCACACUGACCAGGAGAGAGCUGUUCUUGUACUUCUGAAUCUGAAUUCUCCACUCUGUAGAGGAGCGGCUAGACUGUGUCUAUUUUUAGCCUGUUCGUGGACCAGAUGGAGAGCGGAAGGGACAGGAGCGAGCAAGAGGAAAGAGCAGCACCGGCUUUACUGCUGCACUGGACCUAGAGCUGCUGGGGAAAUGUGUCUGGGCUGCAUGCACUUGGGGCAGUGUCCUGGGCCUGAACUGACCUCCAAGUCAUUUGUCUCCUGUUUUCUUUUUACGUGCAAAGCAGCUGCUGGAGUGUGGAUCCUGUAACAGCUUAGGGAAGUGAUUGGCCAGCGAUGGAAUGUGCCAUGUGGGCAGUUGGAGCAGGGGAGCCGUGUAUCUUCCCCUAGGGUUAGGGCAGACGGGGGUGCAGGGGUUGCAGGGGCUCUCCUGAUGCCGAAUGACCGCUCACCUUCCCGAGCAAGGAUGCGCCGUUUUGACAAGCUCAGGAAGUCUCUGCCCUUUUUCUCCCAUUUCCACGUGUACAGAGCACUGGGCAGUGGCAGCAUGCAAUCUGAUGAAGGUACAGAGUGGCUCCUGGAGCUGCUUAUGGAGGUUCAGCUGCAGCAGUACUUCCUGCGCAUCCGUGAUGAGCUCAACGUCACCCGCCUGUCACACUUUGACUACGUCAAGAAUGAAGAUCUGGAGAAGAUCGGGAUGGGGAGGCCUGGGCAGCGACGACUGUGGGAGGCAGUGAAACGGAGGAAGGCCUUGUGUAAGCGCAAGUCUUGGAUGAGCAAGGUGUUCAGUGGGAAGCGACCUGAUGGCGAUUUCCAAGUUCAGCCAGCAAACACCUUCCGUAAGCCAUCGUCCACACCACCCCCUGGUGAAGGACAGCAACAAGCGCUAACCUGCCUGAUUAGUGACAAAGACCUGGCUCUCUUUGAGAAGCUGGGUGAUGGCUCCUUCGGCGUGGUUAAGCGUGGAGAGUGGCUUGCUCCUACAGGCAAAGUGCUCAGCGUGGCUGUGAAGUGCCUGAAGACAGAUGUUCUGACCCAGCCUGAUGCCCUGGAUGACUUCAUCCGAGAGGUCAAUGCCAUGCAUUCGUUAGACCACCAGAACCUCAUCCGGCUCUACGGUGUUGUCCUCACACACCCCAUGAAGAUGAUAACAGAGCUUGCCCCUCUGGGCUCCCUGCUUGAUCGCCUGCGGAAGGCUCAGGGCCACUUCUUGAUCUCCACACUAUGCCAGUAUGCCAUCCAGAUCGCUAGUGGGAUGGCCUACCUGGAGUCUCGCCGCUUCAUCCACCGUGACCUGGCUGCCCGGAACAUUUUGCUGGCCUCCAAUGACCUUGUCAAGAUAGGAGAUUUCGGCCUCAUGAGGGCACUGCCCAACAAUGACGACCACUAUGUCAUGCAGGAACAUCGCAAGGUCCCAUUUGCCUGGUGUGCUCCUGAGAGCCUGAAGACGCGCACGUUUUCUCACGCCAGUGACACCUGGAUGUUUGGUGUGACCCUAUGGGAGAUGUACACCUACGGUCAAGAACCAUGGCUGGGACUGAAUGGCAGUCAGAUUCUCCACAAGAUGGACAAGGAGGGCGAGCGGCUGCCCAAACCAGAGGACUGUCCUCAGGACAUCUACAAUGUCAUGCUUCAGUGCUGGGCCCAGAAGCCUGAUGAUAGGCCAACCUUCAUGGCCCUGCGUGAGUUCCUAGUGGAGACCAUGCCCACUGACAUGAGGGCCCUGCAGGACUUUGAAGAACCAGACAAACUGCUAAUCCAGGUGUCUGAUGUCAUCACCAUCAUUGAGGGAAGGGCAGAGAAUUACUGGUGGCGGGGUCAGAACAAGCGCACCCUGAAGGUAGGCCAGUUCCCCAGGAAUGCUGUGACCUCUGUGGCUGGCUUGUCAGCCCAUGAUAUCAGCCGUCCACUCAAGCACAGCUUCAUCCACACGGGCCAUGGCGACACCAACCCUCACCGCUGCUGGGGCUUCCCUGACAAAAUUGAUGAUUUGUACCUGGGAAACCCAAUGGAUCCCCCGGAUAUCCUGGGCAUGGAUCCAAACACUGCCCGGCCUACUCAACUUCCUGGACGUGCAAAAAAACCAUGUUACGACCCAGUGGCCAACGAUGACGAUGUCGGCAUGUUGGGCCUGAAACGGCUUUCACUGAAGAAAUCUGCAGUCAAGGGUUUAAAGCUGAAGCCAGCUGCCUGGGUGUCAGCCAGCAAGCUAGGAGACCGCCAAGGUUCUGGGGCCAGGACUCCAGGGACCCCCUCUGGUGAGGUGUCCCUUAUAGACUUUGAGGAAGAGAUCCCCUCUGCAACACCUUCCCCCUCUCCUGUUGUGGAGAUGCAGUUCCCAAGUCUGGCCAAACUGGUCUUGGAGGCAGACUCCAUUUUGGACAAGACGCCUCCCCAAAGCCCCUCACGGACACUGCCCCGCCCCUUGCACCCAACUCCUGUUGUGGAUUGGGAUGCCCGGCCAUUGCCCCCACCUCCAGCUUACGAUGAUGUGGCACAAGAUGAGGAGGACAUUGAGGUGAGCUCAAUUAAUGAGGCAGAGCAACAGAUGGGGGCAGAGAACCUAACAGAGGCAGGACACAGCAAUGAGCACAACCCACUGGGAGCUCCACCUCCUGAUGUGGAGAUAGGAAAGCCAUGGGUGGAGGAUAACCUGUUCCUCCCUUGCAAUAAGACCCAAAACAGUAACUUUUCCCAGUCUGUGGAGAUCUUCCAGGAACUGCAGCAGGAAUGCAUGAGGAGGCUGAAGGUACCAGUAAAUGCUUGCCCCCCAUCCACUGCUACCUCCCCUUCCUUCUCCUCAAGCCCCCAAGGUCCAGACAGUAUGCACCACCAGAUCAUCCUGUCUCCCUCUGAAGAAAGACCUCAGGUACCACCCCGCAUGCCCAUCCCACCACGUCCUGCCAAGCGCACUGAGCAGGGCCGCUGGUCAGGAGACCUCUCCCCAGCCUCAGGGGGUGAGGAGGAUAGGGACUGCCCCCCCCAGAUACCUCCACGGGACCCUCUGUCUCAGCCUGGCUCUCGCACACCCAGUCCCAUGGGUCUCUUGGUAGGCUCCCCUCAGCAACGCUCAAGUCUCUGCUCCCAUCUUUCCACCUCUCCUGGAAAACUCAUGCCCACCACCCAGAGUUUUGCCUCUGACCCCAAGUAUGCCUCGCCCAAGGUGAUACAAGCACAAGGCAGGGAUGCUGCCAGGGGACCCUGCAUCCUACCCAUUGUGCGGGAUGGCAGGAAGGCUAGCAACACACACUACUACCUCCUGCCUGAGCGGCCGGCCUACUUGGACAGGUACGACAGGUUCUUCCGGGAGGUGGAGGACCCAGCGGGGGAACGACGGGCAGCCCAUACUGCUACAGUUCGGCCCAUGGUGCAGGUGACGAUGACGACGACGACAACACAAGGUGACAUCAAGACCAACUUCUCCUCAAACAACAACAACAGCAGCUUCAGUGGCAGGUCUGCCCUGAGACCAUCCUGCAGCCUACCGAGGGUGUGCUCUGAUGGGCAGGCAGGGGGCCCAGAUGGGGGCAGCACUGUGGACAAGUUGCGGCUGGUGCAGGAGGCAGUCCACGGUGUGACAAUGGAAGAGUGUCAGACAGCUCUGCAGAACCACAACUGGAAUGUGCAGAAGGCCGUGCACUAUCUGAAGGUGGAGCAGCUUUUUUGCCUGGGCCUGAAGACCAGGGCAGAGUGCCUUAAAAUCCUGGAGACAUGCGACUGGAACCUGGAACGAGCCAGUACUCAGCUUCUGGACCCAUAUGCCGCUCUCAGGCAGAAGCGGUGACAGCUGCAGCAGUUUGGAAGUGGCAUCCCCCACUCCUGCCAUGCUGACCUGUGGAGGAAGAUCUGAAUCAUGGGAGCUUCAUUCUCACGCCACCUCACCCUCUCCCCCGAUUCUUGGCAGGCUGCCUGACAGCGAGCGGCGUUCUGCAGGAGCAAUAUCAGCUUGCUUCUGUGUGACAUUUCGGUGACGGAAAAGUACUGUUUGCCAUGUGGUACUACUGCGUUUCAGCAGAGGUGAAAUUUCAACCAGUGCAGUAUUGUAUCCAAUAAAGUAACUGGUGGUGGUGUGAACGCAACAUUGUUCCACAUCACAUUAGCUGCCAUUGUUCUCUACGGAGUCUGUAUGAUAGCACAGAGAUUUACAGAGAAAUAAAUGUGUGGGUAUUGGAAUGUUUGAGUUGAUAUUUGCAGAAAAUGUUCUUGGUUCUGGAUCACUUAAUUACAGAGGUAAUGGAUUGAGCCUAUGUGAAAGAAUUGCAGUGCGUAACACAUUUAUUCCCACCUCUCUUUUUAAUCCAAGUGUUCAUUUGCAGAAGUUUAUUGGGAGGUUCCUGUUCUGCAAUAAUAGAUACUUUGUUAAUAAUGCCUCCUAAUGGUGAAACCUGUCUCAUUGUCUAUUACAAUUCAGCACCUCAUAUCUUUCACGGCAAUUUGCAGCAUCUUGGCCCUGUGUGUGUUGGUAGCAUAGUGCUAGUCUGAUAUGUUCAGAGGUGUUGACAGUCCAGCUGCAAAGAACUAUUAGGCAACCAAAGAUGAAAAGCACAUUAAGAUAUAUCCAAAACAUGGCUAUUUCAUGUUGAAAUCUUCAGGCAGAAAUCAAAUUGGGUGGUCAGACAGACAUGCGGUCCAGUUUGCUGGAGAAUUUAUGGUGGCUUUAUAUAGUCCAUAUAUCUCUUAGACCAAGACCAAGAACAGUGUAUGCUAAUGAGUAAGGUUAUUUAAGACAUUGCGUACUAGGUUUAGCCAAGGGCUCUGCCAUGCCAUGUGGACACUGUUAUGCUCCAGAAUGCAUGUUGAAUUAUACUCAUAUCUUCCGUUGUGCUGUUGAUGCUGCUGCUUGUGAGUGCAUGUCCCUGCAUACUCCCCACUUCUGGUUCCAAAAAGGAAAACAGCGGGCUGUGGGUGAGGUCAUGGGGGACAGGCGGUUCAACCCUCCAGCUGGAGAGAUCGGUGUUCUUCCAGGUCAUUAUCAUUAUCCAUUGUACUGUUAAGAUGUGUGUACUGUAGCCCAACAUUCAUACAAUCCUUGUGUGUAAAUGUUUUUAAACUGGUGUUCCUGAGCUGGUUGGUGUAUGUAUCUGUGCCCUGCCUAGUUGCUAUUCUAUAGCUUGUGUCAAUUUUUACAGUUUGUUAGACCUCACAUAUGCAGUAGAUUGUGGACUGAUGUGACCCGUUUUUGGCUUCUGCACAGUGGAUCCUUUUCAAAUUCCAGCUCAUCGGUGUUUCUUUAUUUUAAGAAAUAAUUUUAUACCUCUUUUCUGUAUGUGACUAUGUUCAUUUUAUGACAUGUUCUGAAAGGAUGUACAAGUGACUUCAGUCUUUCUGGGUGUCAAAACUUGAGACAAUGCUG